AUGGGCAACAUCUGCGGCAAGCAAGAAAGCGAGAAUUUCUCCACCCCGGGUCGCGUAGUCGGUGCCGCUCCGCCACAGCCGCAGCGAGCUUCGGUACCCGCAAAGGUUGGCGGUCCGCCACGGACGUUGGGCGGCAAGGACACGAGCGCGUCGCAAGGCAGCAGCGGCGGCGCCACGGCAGACGACGCGCGGCAGCGGGCCGCAGAAGCUGCAGAGGCACGUGCUAAAGCAGCUUCAAAGGCUACGGGCAAGUUAGGUUUCCAGCUGCAGGCGCAGAGGAAGCAGACGAGGCAGGACAUCCUCAAGGAGGUCAGCCAGCAGGAAGUGAGGGCGAGAGAUGCUGAUGAGGCGGCUCAGGCGAGGAAUUAUAACUAG